CACAGUAUACGAGGGGUUGUGUGAAAAUUAUUUUUCUCUCGCUGAACCACAAAGACAUAGAAUCCCGGUGCUUCUGUUGGACACUCUGGCUUUUCUUUCCUUCUGGUUUUCUUUUCUUUCUUCUAUUUCUUGUGGAUAUUAUGGCUAAUAACACAACAAGUUCAGAGAGUCUAUGGCCAGAAAACUUUUGGGAAGAUCUUAUAAUGUCCUUCACGGUGUCCAUGGCUAUCGGGCUUGUAAUAGGAGGAUUCAUCUGGGCUCUGUUUGUUUGUUUGUCUCGACGAAGGGCCAGCGCCCGCAUCUCCCACUGGAGCUCCAGUCGGCGAUCCAGGUCUUCGUACACUCACGGCCUCAACAGGACUGGGUUUUACCGCCACAGCGGCUACGAACGUCGCAGCAACCUCAGCCUGGCCAGUCUCACUUUCCAGCGACAAGCCUCCCUGGAGCUAGGAAACUCCUUUCCAAGGAAAUCAAGCUUCAGGGCUUCGACUUUCCACCCGUUUCUGCAAAGUCCACCCCUUCCCGUGGAGACUGACAGUCACGUGAUGACGCUCCCUUCUUCCAGCACCUCUCCCACCACCAACGCUUCCCACAGCCUGAGCCGCCCUGAUUUCCACUGGUCCAGCACCAGUCUCCCCGUGGGCCUUCCACCCCCGCCCCCGCCCACCUACGAGUCCAUCAUAAAGGCGUUCCCAGAUUUCUGAGGAAGGGGUUUUUGUGGUUCAUGUGCUGCCUUCUUUCCUUGUCUCUUCUUGAAAGGAAAUCGUAAAUGGACUAAACAAUUUUGAGGACACAGCCCGCACAAACAGUGAGUUCCCAAACUGAAAAAUGCUCAUGCAACUUGGACACUACAACGUACCUUUUCUUUGAUUGUAUUUUUCCUUGUCACAGAGAGAGGUAGAGGUAAUAGUUUUCCAAGGAGUUAUACACUUAUGUAUUUUGCUUUCAAUGUCAGGAUUAUUAAAGGUAGUGAUUCUCAUCUGAGAAUCAGCAGUAAUACAGUAUGUAUGUUUUAGACUAAAAUAAAAACAUGAUAUUUGUGGUUUUAAUCCUCACACACUGUCCAAUGUGAUUACAUAGGGGAACAAUUAUUGUCAACUUAAAAUUUUUUUCUAGCCUAAGGAAUUUAAUUUCACUUUCUUUAAGAUGACAGUGAACCAUUUUGUAAUCUUAGAUUUUUAAUGAAUUAUAUGGGCAUGAAAUGACAGAAUAUAGAAGAUUCUAAAGUGCCUUGAUUGCCCUCAUUUAUGAGAAGUAUGGGGAUUGAGCAAAGGAAGCUGAAUUCUGUGGGUAUUAUAGGAUAUUUUAAUUGUGACACUGAUUUUUGUGCUUUUCUUAAGAAGAGUUAACUACAUUAUUGAGGCACAAUCUUUGGAUUUACUCACAUGAUAAUUUAACUUUCUCCACUGUUGUAGUUAUGUCUUCAGAAAAGCAACAACCAUAAGUCCAAUUCAUUUAACCUAAGAACAAACUUGAACACUGAGCUUAUGUUUUUCUUAAGGGAUGAAUUUUAUUUCUUAGACUUAAAUCUAUCAAGUGAGAAGGUGCUUUAUCUAGGGACCUUCUCCUGUAACUUCACUGACAAAUAAGUAGGGGUCGGUGGGGACAAAGUCUGUCACUGAAAUGGAUAUUACAGCCACGAAGUGUUCUUCUUCCUGGACUGACUCAUCAGGUGUCGUUACUUGUUUGUGUCUCUAUGAAUUUCAACCUCAGAUUCUGUGAAGGGUUUUUAUACAUUGAUAAAACCAUGCCGUAGGUCAUUGGUGCAGACAGUUAUUUAAGGAUUUCACUUCCACAGGUGGCCACCAUCUUAAAGAAAGGUACAGCCCCAAAUGCAGGUACCAGAGAGCUUCAGUGGUCAGUGGCUGUGGCUGCCCUUUUCCAUUCAAGGACAUGAGUUCACUGGACAAUUACUCAGAAGGCCUGGGCUUUAUUUCUGAGACAGUGAAUAUUUAGCUUAUGUCACUGUGCGUUUGUUUCUGUGAACAUCGGGAUUUAGGGUGAAGAAAAAUGUACUCUCAUUUUUGUUUCUGCAGUGUAGCAGUCCCAGCUAAUAGUAUCUAAAUAUGGCUCAGGAUUGUAAUAAUUUUUAUAAAAUGAGAUUUUGUGUAGCAUUUCUUUAUUAUUUUGAUUUAGCUUAUGUUUUUAUUGUUCCCUAAGAACAAUUAUUCUUAAUGAUGUCUAUAGAUAGAUGCUCUCUAAUACAAUAUGCCA